CGCUCUAUUAGGAGGCCUUGGGCUCUUGGCGCUAAUACAGCGAGAAUAAGUUGACUUUUAGACGUCAUUUGUCGUGUAAUAAUAACAAAAUCCUCCGCCGAGAAGGUGGCUUCUGAUUUGCGUGCUGUGACAUCAUAAGCUGCAGCCGACCACGAGCAUGCGAUGAGGCCCAUCGAAAUGUACGGAACAAGCAUAAAUACCUCAUCCCCUUGUCUCCAUGAACACAACAGCCAAGUCCCUGACAUUCACCAUUCUAACAGCGCUGUGCGUCUAUUUUCAAUCUUCUUUACUUGGCGUGCUCAAGGCGUUCACGGAGCAUCCGGUGGAUUACACCUGUACGCAUUUCGCGCUCUUUCUCUCUUCGACUGUUUUUCGCAUACCGCACACACACACAGAUGAGCAACUUGGCCGCCUCUUCCAGAGACCCGCGGAUUUUCCGUACCAGGUCGCCGUGUCCCUUGAUCAGCACAGUACGGCAGAGUUUUUUUUUUUCCCCCAUAUACAUACUUGGCUUUUUUCCUCAUGGUUUCAUGUACCAGUCAAACGGCUUCCUUGGCUGUACUUAUUAAUUUUCUGCACCAUAUUCAUCGGGCCCGACAUCCUUUUAACGGGUGUCGUUCUCCUCCGGGAAAUCUUCUUCGCCAUCACGUACCACUUGCUCUAUCUGUUUCACAGUCGUCUUCGGUGUGAGCGAUCCUCUCCUUCCCUUCCCCCAUUUCUCCAUUUAUUUACUUACUAAAAACGUGUUUAUCGGCUAUCGCAGCCCCGUCGCUAAUCAGAUACUACGAGGAGCGCACGUAUGAUGUCUCUCUUCCGGGGAAAGAAUUCUGCAUGUUCGUCAGAAAUUCCAACGACGUGUACAACGCA